GGCAGGCCGGCAACUCCACCCCCUCCACUCCCGUCGUCUGUUGAGAAAUCUGCUGAGAAACUCAUCGGAGAGGUUCAUCCAAAGCACGUUCCUCCGCUCCGACGCUGAACAGCGACAACAGCGUUUAAACUAUACCUGAGCUUUGCCAGUGCCGUUUCUGAAAAGAGCUUCCUCUGUCUUCCAUCAGCAGGAAGAGAAGACAGGCUGUGAACAGAGCUCGUCAUGAACUGGGCAUUCCUCCAGGGCCUCCUCAGCGGGGUGAACAAGUACUCCACAGCCUUCGGCCGAGUGUGGCUCUCUAUUGUGUUCCUCUUCAGGGUCAUGGUGUUUGUGGUGGCAGCCGAGAAGGUGUGGGGCGACGAACAGAAGGACUUCAAAUGCAACACGGCUCAGCCCGGGUGCCACAACGUCUGCUACGACCACUUCUUCCCCGUCUCCCACGUCCGGCUGUGGGCGCUGCAGCUCAUCUUCGUCACAUGCCCCUCUCUCCUGGUGGUGAUGCAUGUCGCCUACAGGGAGGACAGGGAACGGAAAAACCGGCUCAAGUAUGGCGAGAACUGCCGCCGCCUCUACCAGAACACGGGCAAGAAGCGCGGAGGCCUCUGGUGGACCUACGUCCUCACUUUGGUCUUCAAAAUAGGCGUGGACGCCACCUUCGUCUUCCUCGUCUACCACAUUUACGAGGGUUACGACUUCCCCUCGCUCAUCAAGUGCGAGGAGAGGCCCUGUCCCAACAAGGUGGACUGCUUCAUCGCUCGGCCCACCGAGAAACGAAUCUUCACCCUCUUCAUGGUGGUCACCAGCCUGGUCUGCAUCCUCCUCUCUAUUUUCGAAAUCCUCUACCUGGUUGGCAAGCGCUGCCGCGAAUGUUUGACCACAGUCCACCACUCCCGCCACGUCAUGACCAACACGAUGUCCAGUGGAAGCAACUUGAUGGAGGCGAACGCUCUAAACCUGCCAAGCAAAAACACCCCUGAAACACCUGCUCCGUCAUACAGCGUCGCCGUAUCUUGAGAUGCUGAGAAUAAGAGCAAAGACUUCAUGAAAAACAAAGACAUGGGAAGGUAAAUGUGCCUGUCCUCACUUUACAGGCACUCCCUUAAAAGACUUGACAGCAGACAUUUCUCUGCUCAGACACUGGACUGCAACUGAAGCAGCUCCUCACUGUUUCUGUGUCGACUGUCAGAGAAUUAGAAAUUCUGGACCGCAUGUCUUACGUGUCAUUGUUGUGGAAUGUGCGCACUGUUGUGGGUUCGGGUCAGAGUAUUUACAGAGAUUUUUACAGAUACAGUUCUAUAGCCCUUGCGCAGAAAAAAAAAGCAAGCAAGCAAGUUUGUGUGGCGCAGUGUCGGAUUUGGCCUUGAUACCAAUUACAUGAGUCACCGUGGUUUGGAGAGCAUGGUUCUACAAACACAUGUGGUUUUCUGUGUAAGAUUUUCCCUCUGCUCGCUGCCCGACCUUUAAAUGUUUACUUCAAACUGCUCUGCAUCCUUUCCGUUCACUCACACGUUCAUGUCUGGCUCUUUGUGAAUACUGUACUUUACAUAACUUAUCAAAAGGUUUGAAUGAUUGUGCAUGUUACUGUUUUAAAGUGCUGUCUUCACACAGGCGGAAGAGAGCGAUGAGGCUGAAGUGCGGUGUUGUAAACAGUUUUUAAUAGUAUCAGGAUGUGCAUAUUUCACAGUGUUGAGGUGCAGUGUGGCUGCAUAUUUGUUAAUAUUAUUUUUCAUUAAAGAUCGUUUUCAUGUUUUGAA